AUGAGCACAGAGGAGCUUGACUUACUUCAAACAAUAAUACAGAAUAAGACAUUCAAACAAGAUCAUGAUCAAUGGAGCAAAAUCCUUUCAUUAAUACCCAAAAGGCUACGGGAUAUAGUAAGCACAGAGUAUACAGAAGGCUUGAAAUACGAGAUCAAAGACCCUUUAAAUCCAAAAAAGAUUGAAAGUAUAGAAUCAUUCAUAGAUCGUUUAACAAAAUAUCUUGAAACAAAUUUCUCUUUGAACCCGCCAUUUACAAUAGUUAGAUUUGCCGAAUUAAUAAUAAACCCCAAACAAUUCAAUUCUACAGGACCAAAAUUUCUUAGAGCUUUAGAAAAUGUAUUACAAGUAUCUUCAUCAAUUUCAGAUUUUCCAGAACCAACAUUUGAUAUCCCAUUAGAAUCACAACCUGAAAAUCAAAAAAAUUCUGAUGUUGUUCCUGUCCCUCUUGCAACUGAUGAUUCACAAACAAUGUUACUCACUAAGAUCCCAUGGCUAACUGAUGAUGAUAUUAGGGAAAUUGAGAGUGAGAGUUAUUUAUUAGAUGAAUUCCCAAUUAGUGCACCAACUUCUCAUGGUGAAUUUGAUGGUGAUGAACAUCCAAUUGAUUACAAUCAACAAAAAGAACAUGAAUAUGAAGUUGAUAGAAAAAGACAAUUGGAAGGUUCAAAAGAUUCACCUGAAAAGAAACAUAAAGCUGAAGUUGAACAUGAUGAACAUAAAGAUAGCAAUGAACAAGGAGAUGAUGAAGAUACAAGUACGAUUGGAAAUGAUACUUUAGAUGAAGACAAAGGUGAAACAAGUGUUGCCGAUACAACUGUCGGUGAUGCAACCAUAGGUGAUACUUCAAUUGCAGAUACUACCAUAGGAGAUGCAACUACAGAAGGAAAUGAAGAACAUGAAGCAAAUAAUGAAGAAGGUUCUGAAACUGGCAAUGAUACAUUAACUGAAAGAUCUACAAUAAAUGAAGAGGAUAAGCAAAAGAAUACUGUUGAAGAUGAAGAAAAUAAACAAGUAAAACCCAAUGAUAUCUCGACUAGUAAAAAAAGUGAUGAGAAUGAAAAUGAUGAAUCAAAUACAUCAACUGGUAAUGAAACUUUUGAAGAGGAUAAAAUGGAUAUGAAUACAACUUUAGAAGAAGAUAAGAUGGAAUUAGACUAA